AUGGAUGUGUCUACUUGUAGCUCAGGCUGCAGCCAGUAUCGUACUGAGAACCAGGAACUUGGAACUUCUUGCUCUGAACCUAAGCACCUUCCAUCUCUGGACCCUGAGCAAUCAGGGCCUCAUGGCUCCCUGCGCAUACUGUGUCAUGCUCUGAAGCAAGCUGUGGAUCUGAAGUCAUCAGACAGAAGAGAAAACUGCAGCCCUAUUGUCAGAAGAGACUUCCCUGAGCUUCCUAGCAUUAGAACAAACUCUGCAAGUCCCAGGGACAGUCCCAAUCAAGGGUACCUCACCACCUCCAAUUCCCAUUAUUCUGCUAAAGGCCUGGAAGGGCAAGUCCCUAGCAAUGAGCAAGAGAUGGGGAUCAGAAAAGGUGAGGAUGAGAAAGACCAGAUGCAAAGUAGAGCUUUGUUGGGAGGUUACAUUGCUGCAAAAGCAUCAAAUGUAAACACUAGUGAGGAUAGUCUGGAGAGUCUCCUGGGCUCUCAGAAGAGCCUUUUCAAACCUUUUCCUGAGGAGACCAGAGAGCCAGUCUUCUCAGCAAGCUCCCCUCGGCGAGCAGAUAAAGAGAAUGCUUUGCAGUGCAGUUCCAAAGCCUCUUUGCACACAGACACCGAAAUAAAUGACCAGGAAGCCAGGCCGAAGGUAGACAGCCAUCUCCAAUCUGCGGGGAAGAGCAAGGGGAGUGGUCACAUGCAUCCUGUUGACAAAACUCAUUUGGAGAAUGCUAAAGACAAUUGGCUGCCUGCUAGCCCUGUGCCAGGGGUGCACCACAAAACCACCAAUGGACACUCGAGGGCCAAGAGCAUCUCAGUCUCCUCCAAAAGCACUCGUAAGAGCAAACGAUCCUCGGGACUAAGAAUAAAUGACUAUGAUAACCAAUGUGACGUUGUGUUUAUCAGCCAGCCUAUUACAGAGUACCACUUUGAGAGCAAGAGGGCUGUGUCUUCUAGAAAGACAGCAAGGAAGAGUACACGUGGCUAUUACUACAAUGGUGAGUGCUGUGAGCUUCCAACUGUUCGCACCUUGGCAAAGGCUUCCCGUGUACAGGAGAGUGGGAGCGCUUCAGCACCAACGGCUGAGGUCCAAACCAGCCCUAUUCAGGCAGCAGCUCACGCUGUGAGCGAAGAUGCUGACGAAAGGUCUUCCCCUGUGGCACUCCCUCAGACAGAUUCCUCUGACAAGAACACUCAGGACAGAGCUGAGCCAUGCCCAUCUGAGAAUCACCUUCUUGAAGCAAAUUCCAUGAAGCAGAGAGAAGCUAGUUCUGCUGAAACACCUGCAGUUGCUCUCUCCCCACUGGCUUGCCCUGAUCUGAAUGCAGAGGAAAGCAGCUUGUCUGUCUCUUCAUUUCCGUCGGCAGUUGUCUCUUCCCCCCAAAUGAGUGAACAGGAGAUGCAAGAGCAAGCUGAUAUGGGCGAUAUCCUGCAGACGUGUAACACCAUGGACUCCUGUAAGAGCAGCAGUCCUUGUGGAGACAGUGGCAGUACAGCCGAUUCUGUGCCACUGUCUGUCUCAGAAACCGCUGAUGGAAAAGAAAACUCUGUGACUUUGGAGAAUAUUCCGGAGCCUUCCAGUAUUGUAAAUCAGGAACCUUCUGUUAGUGUGAAUCUGCCACUGACUGAAGAGCUCACAGCCAGUAUGGACUCGUUACCUCCCUCUGAGGGGUCUGCUACAACUGUAGACUUGCCACCAUCUGUGGAAUCACCUGCUGAUGUGGAACUCCCAUUACACUCCCCUACAGACCUUGCAGAGCCACAAGCAGAGCCUCCUGCUCUUGACAGUCUGGAUGUUUCUUCAGUCCUCCCAGCAGAGGUGCCUUUGGACACAGAGAUGGUGUGUUCUGGGGAGCCUGUUACCAGCUCGAGGGCAGCCUCUCCAGUGGUACUUCCUGCCAGUGUGGUCCCUGAGACUCUUGCUGAUGUAGAUUUGGAAUCCUCAGAGCCCCCUACUGUAGAACCUCUGGAGACAAUAUCUGACAAGGUGAAUCUGGAACUUUCCCAGCUCCAUUCCAGCUCUGAUGCUACAGAGCUCCCUGCCAGCUUGCAAUGUGCUGGUGCAAACGGAAGCAUUAAUACUGAGCCCAGUGUUGAAAGGACUCAGGACUGGGAGGAAGGCCAGGCAGGAAAAAGUGAGAUUGUGUUGCCUGUUGUAGAUAUUGGUGAAAACUGGGAAGCAGAAACAGUAGAAGAUACAAGUGGUUUUAGCAAGAUGGAUGAGAGCAGGGAAGCUGAUGGCAAAGCUCCGCCAGUCUCUGAAUUGUCAGAAACAAGCAGCAAAGGGGCAGUUCCUUCCAAAAUAAGCACAGACAAAAAGCGAAAGAGAGAGAGAAAACCUCAAGUUGCAUCUGAUCGCCGCCUUCGGAGCCAACAGUCCCUGCCUCCCACAGAGGACAGUUCUGAGCCACCCAGCUCAUCCACCUCUCUGCAGGUUCCUCAGCUUCAGAUCAAACUUUCUAAAAGCCCUGGUGCUAAACGUUUCAAGAGGGAGGUACAUCUUGAUGGGGCAGCGUCUGUGAGCUUUCCAAGUGAUUGCUUCCAUGAAACAUUGCUCACUGACAUUGGGAACACCCAUGAGGGUGAAUCUAAGGAGCAGGCAGGGGACAGAAAUGACAUCACAAAGGAGCAGACUGAUAAAAACCUGUUGUCAGUAGAGGCUGCAGUAGAUGAAGGUCAGGAUGGAGAUGACAAGAGUAAGCAAGGGGCUAUGCUUGAAAUCUGUUUAGAGGCAAAUUCUGACAAGAGAAGUGUUCACGUCCCAGCAGAAAUCUCCGAUGAGGGUGAACAAGAGACAAAUAGGAAUCAAGAAGCUCUAAAGAACUCUGACAGUUCUAUGGAAGCUAGAGAGGUGUUGCACACUGACGAUGGGAUCAUUUUUCAACCUUGUCCUGGUAGCAAGAAUGAAAGCAAGAAUGCACCACUAGAGAAAUCUAUGAGAUACAAGAAGCCAGCCCUCCAAUUCUACAACUUGAGACACACCCCUGCCCUUCUUCCUGUGGCUAGUAUCCAGAAAACUACAGCAGGCAAAGUAGUUACAGAAGCAGACUCUAAUGUCGUGGACCAACAGCAAGCUGGGAAUGAAGACCCCAUUGGUUUUAGCAGUAUGGAGGUAUUGUCUGACAACAAACCCAGAUUUGUGGAAUGGUGUGCUGAGGAAGAGAACCAAGAACUCAUCACCAAUUUUAAUGCCCAGUACAUGAAGGUUCAGAAAGGGUGGAUUCAGCUGGAGAAGGAGGCCCCGCCAGCUCCAAAGGUCAAGAACAAGUCUGACAAGCUGAAAGAGAUCUGGAAAAGCAAGAAGAGGACUCGGAAAUUCAAAGGGUCCACUGAGGUCCAGAAGCUCUCCCCUGUUCAGCUGCUGUUCAUGAAGGCAUUUAAUGUAUCCAACAUCUGCAGGUGGUUCAUGGAGACAACUGAAACCAAGUCUCUGGUAAUUGUGAAGAAGUUGAACACACGACUCCCAGGAGACAUCCCCCUCAUCAAGCUUCCGCUCCAGAAGGGCUCCUCUUCUGGCAUCUAUCCAAGCUCCCUUCAAGCUGAACGUCUGAAGAAGCACCUGAAGAAGUUUGCUGCUAUGACUCCAGCAAAAAACACAAUAAAAACCCAAAGACUGUGGGCUAGGCUUCGAGAGGCCACGGAGGAAACUGAACCUGAUCAAGUGGCCACCAGUCCAAAACAGAUGUCCCCCUCUGAUGCAACUUUGGAACAUGCUGUGGAAGCCAAAGCCCAACCCCGUCCAACCACACCAGUGCAGACCAGCUCACGGAUUCUGAGGAAAUGCUCCAACUUGCGAAGCAAGCUUCCUGGCCAGCACAAGGUGGUCAAACAGGAGAAAAAUGACUGUGUAACAAAGCAGCCCUCAUCCGAAAGCAAGCCAAGUAGGAAGAGCCUGUGCAUUAAGCCGCUGAUGUCUCCAAAGCUGGUGCAGCAGGUCAAAACAGCCCCACCUCCUAAUAAAUCCAUUGAAAGUGGAUUAAAGGAAAGGAAAGGGAAAGGCAAGCUGCAGGAGGACUCCCCGUUGAAGGGUGAGCCUCAGCCAAGCAAAAAGAAGUCAUUGAAUGAGAGUGGCAGGGCACAGGGGCAGUCGAACAAGCUUCCUCUUAAAAAGUCCAGUAAACUGAAGCAUUCGGAAGCUUGCGCUACUCGGAAACACACAGCCAUGGAGAGAAGCAGUAAGCACACAUCUCAGAAUGAGAAACUGAAGAAACCACAGCUCGGGAAGAAGCAGCCUCCCACCCAGAAAGGGAAAGCAAACACCAGUCAAAAAGUCUCUCUUCCUUCCAAGCAAGUAGGGCAACUUGCCAAGCCUUCAAAGCAGAAAGUGGUGCAAGACUCCUCUGGCCGGUCUCUGAAAGUGACUGCUAAAAAGGCAAGCAGCGGGAAAGGUCUGACUAGGUCAAUGAAACUAUCUCAGCAGAACAAAAAAGCCCAGAGCAAAAGGAAGCUGGGGGCAAACAAAAACUCUUCACCCUGCAAGCGCAGGAGGCUGGAUGCAAAGUAACAGCCUUGAGUUAAAUGGGGUUGGGGUUGGGGUUGUAGGUCACAGAAAUCCUUCCUCAUGCAUUAAGUAAAUCCAUAUUUGAACCUGGGAGAGCCAGGCAAUGUCUGACGAAAGGCUCACCCCCUCUCCCUGAUUUUAGGAGCCCUCACCUGUGUUGCCUGCAGAGUGGGGCACCGUUCUUCUCCGCUGCUGAGAAGGGAAGUUACUGCUUUUGGAAGUUCCUAGACUUUUAACUGGGAGCUUGGCAGUUUCAGUUCAAAGUACAGUGCCUUAUUUAUCAUUUUAGAAAAUAAAUAAAUAUAGUCUGCGUGAUUUUUAAAGGCUGGCAGUUUAUAGGUAAUGCACAAGCACUUGUACUGUAAUGGAAAGAGAACAACCUUUCAUGCACACCCCAUAGAUUUUGGCAACCCAUCAGCUGGGAUUCACAUGGGAGGAGUCCCCCCCCCCAUUGGCAAUGUAGCAUCCUGGCUUCAUUUAAUUUGAGAGUAGCAUUUUAAAGCCAAAAUCCAAAGCAUUU